AUGGCGUCGUGCAACUACCUCAAAAAUCUCCCGCAUGUGUUACCCAGGCUGAUAACUUGUGCUGCUCGCUCAAUAUCAGCCAUUCCGAAAUAUCCGACUUUGGUGACGCGAAAGUCGUCUUCUCAAGCAGUGCCGAUGCCAUGCCGAUAUACACAUACAUCUCUAGAAGAUCCGAUUUCGUUUCAAACAUCCGCGUAUCAUGUGAUUGAUCAGGACAUAAAAGUUGAGGAGGAGGAAAUCCCCGGCUACGAAGCCUCGCGGUUUUAUCCGGUCCACAUCGGAGAGGUUUUCAAGGGUCGGUAUCAAGCGGUGACGAAGCUCGGCUAUGGGAGCUCAUCAACGAUAUGGCUCGCCAGAGACUUGCAGCGCAGUGACCGCAGAUACGUCGCCAUCAAAAUCUACGUGCAUACCUCCCGAUUGCACCGGGAGCUUCCCGUGUACGAAAGCUUAUCGCCGAUACUCGCGAAAUCGAAAAGUCUUGGGCGGACCAAUAUCAGACACUUAUUGGAAUCUUUCGAGAUCAGUGGUCCGGAUGGCCGUCAUAAGGUUUUAGUGAUGCAGCCCGCUCAGAUGAGCCUGCGUGAUCUCAAACAAGUCUUUAGACCAGACGGAGGAUUCGAUGAGAACUUUGUGAGAGGAGCCAUCCAAGAGCUACUCAAGGCCUUUGACUUCAUCCAUGAAGAGGCACAGCUAGUACACACAGGAAAUCUGCUGCUCGGUCUAGACGACGACUCCCAACUUGAACCAUUGGUAGAUAUGGAGCUCAAGUCACCCGUCAGCAGGAAAAAGGUCUCAGAGGGUCGAACUAUAUAUCUUUCACGACUGAUGCGCCCCAAGCCUGGCCCCAUGCUCUUAUCGGAUUUUGGUGAAGCCAGGACUGGACCUGGACCUUUUGCAGGCGACAUCAUGCCGAUCCAGUAUCGCGCGCCCGAGGUUAUCAUGUGCAUUGCUUGGAACCGCCCAGUAGAUAUCUGGAGCGUUGGUCUAACAGUUUGGGACCUUCUUGGCCCGAAACGAUUGUUCACAGCAAAAGAUGAAGAUGGAGACAUGUACGACGCAGCACACCUCGCAGAGCUUAUAGCGACACUCGGCCCGCCACCCCAGGAAUUUCUCCAACGUAAUGUCGCCAGAGCAGCUGACUUUUGGGACGAACAAGGCAAGUGGCUUGGAUUAGCACCUAUUCCGAAAAACCGCUCACUGGAAGAGCUUGAGACACGGCUUAAAGACAGCACGGGCUUCAUUGCAUUUUUGCGACGUGUGUUGACAUGGAUGCCCGAGGAUAGACCUACUGCGAAGGAAUUACUGCAGGAUCCGUGGCUAACGGGAGAGAACAGAAGCACAUAG